AUGUCAACUGCAAUUGUCCUCCCUACCCUCACUGAAUGGACUGAGCAACACAUCACCAGUAUCUUCCAAGCAAAGACCAACGCGGAUCUCACAAGCGCUCUCGAUGGCUUCUUGUCAGACAAAGCGGUGAUUACAUUUAACGGCAAGCAGAUCUCUCGCGCAGACUACGUUGGCCAGUUACAGGCGGAGAAGUUCCGCGAGGUUUCUGCGGAUGUCAACUUUUUGGGUGCUGUUCAGGCCCCUACUGAUCCUGAUCAACCAUUCGAUGCUGGAUCUGUGGGCGUAUUCUACAACGCUACUAUCUUCGAGAAUAUCAAGAUCAGAGAUGUCUCCGUUUCGAGACAGGUCACUGCAUCUGUGAACGUUGUCAUCGCUCAAGACCCCGAUGUACCAAAACCCCCGCCAUCCCCAUUUCGUGGUUUCUUUGACGGUAGAAGGGUAAUGGCAUUGAACCAGGUCUCCACUCAGGGACCUGCCACAAGUUCAAACACCGCAUAA